AUGCAUGGAUACACCUCAAGGUGUUCAAAAUAUCAAACACGCAGCUACUCAAUUAAAGCAUGUUUGGAAACUCCAUUUGAUGAUGCAACACGCGAAAUGAAAGUACGUUUAUAUGAAUAUAUGACAUCCAUUUUUCAAUAUCAGGCAGAAAUUUUAAUGAAUGAUAAAAAGGUGGAUCCCAAACGACGUUUAGAAAUACAAUCAAUUUAUGUGACAUCAAAAGAAAAAGCUUAUAAAAAAGAAAUUAAAGAUUAUUUACAACAGAUGAGACAAAUCUUUAGUGACGCAGCAUUAGCACAUACUCAUCGAACAAGUUUAAAUUACGGUAAUUGGUUAUCAUUUGACAAUGCAAAACCAUCUUGGGAAGUUAAAUAUGGUGGAGGAAAAUUUCCACUUGAAGAGAAAGGAUCCAAAUUAGUUUCACCAGAAGCUAUUAUUAAAGAUUUAGAUGCUGAAGAAGAUAGUAAUGAUCUUAAUUCCCAUAAAUUACCUGAACGACUUCGAGCUAUCGAGGAUACAAAAGUUACUCCGAAAAAACGAAAGGGUAUAGUAAUAUUCAUUCGAAUAUUUCCGAGAUUUGUAGAACACUCCACGAAAUCCGCCGAUCUACUAAAAAUCCGUCGAACAGUUAACAGAGGUUAUGAAAGAAUUGUCAAGACCGUGUUCGAAAAAAAUACACAUCAUUUUUAUAGUGAAAUUCGUACUCGUAAAAUUAUGGCCUUAGAACAAUUCAUGAGAUCUGCUCGAAGUUCUUAUUAUAAACAUUUAGAAGCUUAUUCUAAAUCCGUUGUUAGAAAACCAUUUGGUAAAUUGCUG